GCGUGGCGGCUGUCAUGCAAACAAGAUCUCUGUAUCUGAACGCCUUUUUAUUUUGUGGGCCAUUGAGUAAUCUCUGACGAGAGAGAGAGGGAGAUCGUUGACCCGAGGCACAGUCAAAGAGAUUUGGCAGAUUGUUAGUUUUGCAAGCAGUAGUCCGUGCAGAAAGAUGCGUCUCGUGAUCCAGGACAACGCGAGCGAGGUGUCCGACUGGGCCGCCAGAUAUGUCAUGCGAAAGAUCAACGACUUCGGUCCUUCGGACGAUCGCUUUUUCGUCCUUGGCUUGCCCACCGGUGGCACGCCAUUGGGCAUGUACAAAAAGCUGAUCGAGUUGUUCAAAGAUGGCAAAGUGUCCUUUAAAUACGUCAAAACAUUCAACAUGGAUGAGUAUGUCGGACUGCCACGAAACCACCCUGAGAGCUACCACUACUACAUGUUUGAAAAUUUCUUCAAGCAUAUUGACAUCGACCCCAAGAAUGUGCACCUGUUGGACGGUAACGCGCCCAAUCUGGAAAAGGAAUGCGUCGAAUAUGAAGAGAAAAUCAAACAAUCCGGAGGCAUCGAUUUAUUUGUUGGAGGCAUCGGCCCUGACGGGCACAUCGCUUUCAACGAGCCUGGCUCGUCGCUGGUCUCGCGCACCAGGGUCAAAACUCUGGCCCAGGACACUCUGGAGGCCAACGCGCGCUUCUUCAACAAUGACAUUUCCAAAGUGCCUAAGCAAGCUCUCACCGUUGGGGUUGGAACCGUCAUGGACGCCCGAGAGGUAAUGAUCUUGAUCACUGGGGCCAACAAGGCGUUCGCCCUGUACAAGGCCAUCGAGGAGGGCGUGAACCACAUGUGGACCGUGUCUGCUUUCCAGCAGCACCCACGGACCCUGUUCAUCUGUGAUGAAGACGCCACUCUGGAGCUUCGCGUCAAAACUGUGAAAUAUUUCAAGAAUUUGUGGAGUGUGCACAGCAAGUUGGUGGACACGAUCUGACUGAACUAACUCAUUCCCAAAAAUAUUAUGUCUUAUUCCAUUCCUUCCGCGUGAAAAGUUUAUGUUUUCUUGUUGAGUAAUAAAAGGCUUUACUGGGCAUGUUAUUUUAAA